GGGGGGGUCUUGUCGCACAACAGUCUGUGGCUAAGACAGCACAUCAGAGGACACACUGUCGCCAGUCUUCCUCCGGCUGCCUGUUAAAAAAACUGACAGGAGGGAGAGUGAGUGCGAAAAUGGCGAUGGAUUACCUGCAAAAUGCCUUUGGGCAUGCUGCUAGCUACAGGAAUUACGCAAACACGGGGCAAAUACACAGGAGGCUUGGAUUGUCUAUGAAGUAGGUAGCCAGCAUAGAAACAUUCUUAGUUGACCUGAUAUAUAGACGAUUGAAGAAUUUCUCUACAUUUUGCGCGCCAUAGACUAGACCUUCGAACCUUACACGUGAUGUAACAGCGCGCAUGCGCAGGUUUCGUCAUGCAGCCUUUGGUGGUAAAAACUAUUGAGCAUGCAGAAGGGGACUAUGGUCUGUAUACCUGGCCCUGUGCUCCACAGUUGGCAUAUCUUAUACACACUCGCAGGGAGUUUGUCAAAGGAAAGCGUGUUUUGGAGCUUGGAGCAGGAACAGCAGUGCCAGGUAUCACGGCUGCCAAGGUCGGGGCACGCCUCACUACCCUCACAGACAGGGCCACCAGCCAGAGGCUCACGGCAGCCCUGAGGCAAACGUGUCAUCUGAAUCGAAUCCCUGACUCUCGUGUCCAGAUCCUCCCGCUCUCCUGGGGUGUCUUCUCCCCACAGCUCCUAGACCUGCCACCACAGGACAUACUACUUGCCUCAGACUGCUUCUAUGACUCCGCAGAUUUCGAAGAUAUCCUUGCGACAGUGAGCUAUUUCAUGGAUAAGAACCGACACUGCAAGUUUUGGACCAGUUACCAAGAAAGAAGUUCCAACCGCAGCUUGUGGGCUCUGUUGCAGAGAUGGGGGCUGAGGUGUGAGAUUAUACCAUUGGAAUCUGUACACGGAUCGUCAUUAUGGGUGAAAUUAGAGGGUCCUGGAGUCAGUAAACUAAACAGCCCACACACCCUACGUCUCUGGGAGAUAUCAAAACACUGCUAGCUGAGUGUCAGUAUUGUGUGUCGUUUCGUACAGACACGGGAACUGUUUGCAAAACAGACACACUUGCAUUGAUAUUAUUUGCCAAGAAGCGAUAAAAUUUCACACGUAU